AUGACGGUGACUAGCUCGAACAGAGAAGUCGUGGGAGGAUGGACGCCGAAGCUCAAAGUUGCGACGGCGGCGAUCAGAAAUUUGUUGCCUAGAAAAUUUGAUCCGCCAGAUACCUUUAAUGAGAGAGCUGCAGAGGCACUAGCAUUAACUGGGUUUCAACACGUUUCACGAAUUGGUGAAAUGAGAGGUCAUUCUGCACUCUUAAGUGCCUUGGUGGAACGAUGGAGGCCAGAAACUCAUACGUUCCACCUUCCAGUGAGUGAAGUGACGGUGACGCUGGAAGACGUGAUACAUAUACUUGGCCUCCAUGUUAACGGAGAACCCGUCACGGGUAGAUCGGAUAGCAGUUACCAGUUUUUGGUGGAUAACUGCCUCGCUUGUUUUGGUCGGCAACCGGGUCCGGACGAUCACGUGUUGGGCAAGGUAAAUCUCCAUUGGGUCCGGCGGUGUCGAGACAGUGAACCGUGUGACACGCAGGAGUCUAUUGAGCGGUAUGUCAGGGCUCACAUUUUCUGCGUGCUUGGUACAGUGGUGUUUCCAGAUAAGUCCACCACGUCUUUGAACUCGAAGUUUUUGCCUCUACUUCGUGAUUUUCAUCAGAUCUCACAAUACAGUUGGGGGCAGCUAGUCUGGCACAUCUAUACAGAUCGUUGUGUCGUGCAUCGCGGUACAACUGUAAAGAGAUGGAUGGGCCACUGA